ACAAUAAUGCAAGCACAACUCUUUUCACUCCCACACUGCACUAUACGUGUGCCCAGAUUCCUAAACAAUGCAUCUCCCCCAAAUUUUGCAACUUUUCAACAACCCCAUCACUCCUCCAAGCUCAGUUUCAAGGUGGGUCUCAAUCAUUUGUUUCAAAAAUCAAUUUUUUUGAGUCAAAGCGUACCUGGUUUGAUGAGUAGCUAUGAUGGUUAUGUGGGUGUAGUAGCACAGUGUGGUCUCUCUAAUGGAGAAAGUGAUGUUGGCGAUUGUGAUGAUGGGUAUUACAUAAGAAGGUGUGUUGAGCUUGCAAGAAAAGCUGUUGGCUUCACAAGCCCCAAUCCAAUGGUGGGGUGUGUUAUUGUGAAGGAUGGGAAAAUUGUUGGUCAAGGGUUCCACCCUAAAGCAGGUCAACCGCAUGCUGAGGUGUUUGCCUUGAGAGAUGCUGGUGAUUUGGCGGAGAAUGCCACGGCCUAUGUGAGCUUAGAACCCUGUAAUCAUUUCGGAAGGACUCCACCUUGCACUGAAGCUUUAAUCAAAGCCAAAGUGAAAAAAGUGGUGGUUGGGAUGGUGGAUCCAAAUCCCCUUGUGGAAUCCAAAGGGUUGGCUAGAUUGAGAGAUGCAGGUAUUGAAGUUGUUGUUGGUGUAGAGGAAGAGUUAUGCAAGAGCCUUAACGAGGCCUUUGUUCAUCGCAUGUUAACCGGAAAACCUCUCCUUACAUUGAGAUAUUCUCUUUCUGUCAAUGGGAAUUUUUUGGACUUACUUGGGGAUGAAGUUACAGAAUGUGGUGGAUACUAUUCACGUUUAUUACAAGAAUAUGAUGCAGUGAUACUUUCCUCUUCCUUAUUCAGUGGGAACAUAUCAAUACCUUCAUCUCAAGAACCUGGAGCAAAUCAGCCGCUCCGGAUUGUAAUACAUAAGGAUUCUAGUUCUUCAAACGAAAUUCCGCUUGCUGUCAAUGAAGUUACUGAUAAAGUGAUAGUUUUUACAGAUAACAGAACAGCAACCGCUCCAGAACUGGCAAGAAAAGGAAUCGAAACCGUCAUUUUGGAUCAGAUAAAUCUAGAUGUGAUUCUGGACUAUUGUAAUCAACAAGGGAUGUCCAGUGUUCUGUUAGAUUUGAGGGGGAAUUCUGGUGAGUUUGAAGAGCUUGUUAAGGAGGGAAUUCAGAAGAAAAAUAUUAGUAAAUUUGUGACAGAAAUUUUGCCUAUUUGGAAUAGAGGUAGUGAGAUAGAUCCUCUAAUACCGGUAAAAAGGUUAGAUCAAGGAAUCCAAGUGGAAAAUCUAAAGUCCAAGUGUUCAGAUCAAAAUGUUAUAAUUGAAGGACAUUUUAAAUUUUAAGUAACUGGGAAUUCUGAAUCAACUAUUUUGAUCAAGGUUUGGAUGCCUAUGAAUUUUUCCCUAUUCAUUUGCUAUGUAUGAUUUGAUGUGAAUAAUUCAGGUACGUUAGAGUGUAAAAUAGCCAAUUAUGUAAUUUCAAUGUAUUUUCAUGAACAAUGAUGAUAGUGGAGAAUGGAGAUACAUGGGAAUAAUACCACAAUCAAUUAUCCUUU